AUGGGAAUAGCUUGUUCAGCAGCUCAGACGGCCUGUCUCUGUGGAAGUGCAGCCUGCAGUUUUUGCUGUUCACAAUGUCCGUCAUGCAGAAACAGUACAAGUGCUCGAAUUAUGUACGCUUUGAUGUUGAUGCUGGGCACAAUAACAGCUUGCAUCACUUUGGCUCCAGGGCUUCAAGAUGUCCUAAAAAAAGUUCCAUUUUGCUCCAAUAGUUCAAAUUACGUCCCAGAUACAUUUAAAAUUGAUUGUGAGUCUGCUGUUGGAUACUUAGCAGUUUACCGAAUAUGUUUUAUCGUCUCACUUUUCUUCUUCUUGAUGUCAGUGAUGAUGAUAGGGGUCAAAAGUUCAAAAGAUCAUCGAGCUCCUAUACAAAAUGGAUUUUGGGCAAUAAAAUUCUUGCUCGUAAUUGGUGGAGUAAUAGGAGCCUUUUUCAUUCCCGAAGGUUCAUUUGGUCCAGUAUGGAUGUACUUCGGAAUGAUAGGAGGAUUUUUCUUCAUAAUUAUUCAAUUAAUAUUGAUAAUUGACUUUGCUCACUCUUGGGCUGAAGCUUGGGUUAGUAAUUAUGAAGAAACAGAAUCUAAAUGUUGGUACGCAGCACUGUUGAGCGCAACAUUCUUCAACUACUGCUUAGCAAUUGGUGGAGUAGCACUGCUUUACAUCUACUUCACUCUGCCAUCAGACUGCUCGCUCAACAAAUUUUUCAUUUCGUUCAAUUUGAUCCUCUGCGUUAUUGUCAGCGCUAUAUCCAUUUUGCCGAGUGUCCAAGAGUUCCAACCACACAGUGGACUUCUUCAGGCUUCCGUCGUGUCUCUGUACGUUGUCUACCUGACAUGGAGUGGUGUCUCCAACAGCCCAGACCAUGAGUGCAAUCCAGGACUGCUGGGAAUAAUUGCUAGCAAUGACAUCCGUAAACAAAACCAAGCUGCCUUCGACAAGGAGAGUGUAAUUGGUCUGAUUAUUUGGUUCUCUUGCGUACUAUACAGUUCUCUUCGCACAGCAUCUAAGUCUUCAAAAAUUACAAUGAGCGACAAGGUUCUCAUCAACGACAAUGGAGCUGUUCGCAAUGGAGACACUUCUCUAAUCGACAACGAAGACUAUGUUGCAGUAGAGGGCCGCAAUCAUGACGCUGAGUCUGGAGCUGAACCCAAGGUCUGGGACAAUGAAGAAGAUACCGUUGCUUACAGCUGGAGUUUCUUCCACUUGAUGUUUGCUUUAGCAACUCUUUAUGUUAUGAUGACGCUUACUAAUUGGUACAAGCCAAACUCAACUCUCGAAACAUUGAACUCCAACCCUGCUUCCAUGUGGGUAAAAAUAAUUUCUUCAUGGAUGUGUCUUGGAAUGUAUGUUUGGUCAUUAGUUGCUCCAACAAUUCUUCGUGAUCGCGAUUUUUCAUAA